UCAGAGUAGAAGAGUUUGUUUUCAAAAACACAAAAACACAAAAAAAAAGAAAAAAAAAGAGUGGAAGAGUUGUUGAGUUUGAGAAAGCUUUGCAGCAAUGGAGCUCUGUAACACCAAAACCAUCUCUAAUCUGAAUUCCCAUCGUUCAUUUUCCUACCCAAAUUCUUACCGUAUGCACUCUAAGGCAUUUCUUCCAUUUAAGAAAAUCAAUGCUUCUCAAAGAAAUCUAGGAUUGCGUCAUUUAUCAACCUCUUUAGUGAGGGCGAUAAAUUCUGAAGAGGCUUCAACUAGUACCGAUGAGGAUCUUGACGUAUUUGCUGAAAAGACUACAGUGGAUGAAACUCCAACAUUUUUGCAAAACACAAUUUUUGAAAAAACACCCAAGGAGGAAAUGCCAAAAGAAGAAGAAGCUUCUUUGACUGAACAAAUGAUGUCUUUUGAUUUCAUGGACGGGCUCAAUCUUAAGUUGGACCCGGAAGAUGCAUACUCGUAUCUAGCGUAUGGAAGUGGUGCUCUCAUCACUCUGUGGUUAGCAUCGGCUGUUGUUGGUGCCAUUGAUUCCAUUCCAGUGUUCCCCAAGGUUCUGGAACUCGUUGGUCUUUGCUACACAAUAUGGUUCAGCUCACGCUAUCUGAUUUUUAAGAAAAACAGGGAGGAAUUGUUUACCAAAAUUGGAGAGCUGAAGAAGCAGGUUCUUGGAUCAACUGAUGAGUGAUGAUUGUCUGAUUAAAGUGUGGAAAUCCCCAGCCCCUCUUGCAUAGUUUUCUUUUCUUGUCGCCUUUGAGGGUGCAAGCCAGAGUGAUAGUGAAUAAUUUAGUUUCUAGUAUAAACCUUCUUCACAUGUGAAUUCUUGGUUCAUAUUGUUUGAUAAGAUUCAGAACUGUUUAUCUUGAAAUUCUGUAUUAUGCUUAUAUUUUGUGGAACUCAAUUUAUAUUCAUAUUUGGUAUUUUCUUGGUAAACAAA